AACAAGAUGAUCAUUCUGAAUACCCUAAUUGGAACCUUUUAAGCAUGCAACUCCUCAACACAGCGUAUUACUAUAUGAAAGAAUACAAACGCCCGAUAGUCUUGAUUUUUGAUCGAGUAGACCGCAUUGCUAAAAAGGACCCAGAGUUUCUUGAGAUACUUCAAGAUUUUGCGAAGGACUCCCUUGUAGUUAUAUUUAUCGCAAGGCUUGGUUCCGCAAUUUAUGAAAUGUGGGGAUGUUAUAAUUAUUUUGCCACAUAUGGA